AUGUCUGCUCGGAUAUUCGGCCUACAAAUGCCAUCUGGUUUACUCGCCAUCAAAGGCCCCAAACACAAACGGCAUGUACGCUACAUGUUGCCGAUGCUAAAAAAAUCCAAAGUAGUUGCUCAUCUAUCGACGAUUAUUGACUGCAGCGAUCGGCUCAUUCGUCUCUGGAGAAACAAAGAAGAAAAAACGCUGAAUGAAAAUAUAGUCGGCGAUUCGAAACAUUUACUUCUUGACAUUAUUGGUUUUAUCGCCUUUGACUAUGACCUGCAAACAAUUGAAAGUGCGGAAAAAGAGAAAAAGGAAUUUACAAAAGCUUUGGACAUGAUGAUUUCUGCACAUACAACUAUCGUCGCCAGUGGCUUCUUGCCAUAUCGAGUGCUUCAGUGGUGGCUAAAGUGGAACCCGAGUUAUCAACGAGCCAUCGAAACGGUCAGGCAGAUAGCCAACAAGAUUAUCGAAAAAGAAGCUGAUCAAUCAGCAGAUACAAAACCAAAAAAUAUGAUCACGCUGCUCGUCUCAUCACUCCAAGAAAAUGAACAAGAAGAAGCCAAAAAACCGGAGGAGGAGAAACAAGGUUUAUCACGCGCUGAACUCUUGGAUGAAAUUCUCGUGUCAUUUGCUGCUGGUUUCGAGACAACGUCGACUGCUCUUUCAUGGGCUAUUUUCUACCUUAGUAAACACCCAUACGUCCAAGACAAGAUCAAACAAGAACUACGAGAUAACAAGAUAACUACUGACACGUGUCUGACCGCUGAUCUACUCGAUCGGUUGACGUAUAUAGAUUGUGUAAUGAAGGAAGUGUUGCGUUUCGCUCCUGUCGUUGAUUGUCAACUACGAACGUUGACACAGGACGACGAAAUCAACGGUUUGCAAUUGAAAAAAGGAGAUUCAGUGUUAACUGCUUUCUACAAUGCACACAUGGAUAAACGAUGUUGGACUUUAAAUCCUCAAGAAUUUUUGCCCGAGAGAUUUUUAAACGCGGACAAAAAUCACCAUCCGUGUGCGUUGGGAAUAUUUGGCGGUGGACAUCGAGCAUGUAUUGGACAGGAUUUGGCACGAUUGGAAUUGAAAACCAUUAUUACACGUUUGAUGCAGUUUGUGACAUUUGUCGAUGGUGGUGAAGAGAAAAAUAGUGGCGGGAAGAGGCAAGAACUUACCUGUGUACCAAAACAUGUUGCAGUCUAUAUUCAUUUUGAUUAA